AUGAUCGUGGAAACGGUGGCGGAGGAUGGUGGCAGUGGGCGGCGGUUCGAGGGCUGGCAGCAAUGUCAGGGGAGGGCGAAGGUAGGGCUGUGGACGGGCGGCGAUGGUGGUCGACGAGGUCUAGAGCGGAGGUGGCAACGGCAGCGGGAAUAG